AUGACGGCGCAUGACUGCGGCAGCUGUCUCCGCGGCGCGCUGUCACGCCUCUCCGACGAGUUCAACUCCACUGCCGGGAUGCAGGUCCUUCGCCCCAGCUGCAUGCUGCGGUACGCGGGCUCUCCCUUCUUCAACGCGUCCCUCCUGCCCGUGGCCCAUGUCACCGUCCCAGAGGGCGACGGCGCCGCGGCUCCGGAAGGAAGCAUUUCCCUUCCACAGAACAAAGAUCGAGGCAAGGUGAUUGCACUUUCUUGUUCUGCAGGCGGAGCUGCUAUACUCGCACUAAUCCUAGUAGCAUUGUGGUGCAGACGGAGAGGCCGGAAAUCAAAGAUUGCCACGGGGGGUGGUAAGUACAGCUACCAAACUCUGGUGAAUGCCACUGCUAAUUUCUCCGAGGAAAAUCGGUUAGGAUCUGGUGGAUGCGGCGUAGUAUACAAGGGAAUACUGGAGAACAAGAAAGAAAUAGCCAUAAAAAAACUUGCAAGAAAAAAUCUGGAAGAACUGAAAAGGGAGGUUUCUCUGGUUGCCGAGCUUCAGCACGAGAACCUUGUCAAGUUCUUGGGCCAUUGCUUUCAGGACGAUAAGAUGUUUCUUGUAUAUGAAUACCUUAGCAAUAAAAGCCUAAGCAACUAUUUCAAAGGUUCAGCCGAGUACCAAAAACUGGACUGGGCAAAAUGGCUCAACAUCAUCAAAGGGGUUGCACGUGGCCUUACUUAUCUUCACCUUGAUUCUGGGAAGGAUAUUGUUCAUAGGGAUCUCAAGCCAUCUAACGUCCUCCUUGAUUCCAACUUUGCUGCGAAAAUUGCCGACUUCGAUCUUGCAAGAGGGUACAACAGGGAGAGGAGUCAUGAAAGCACUCGUAACAUGGCCGGUACUUAUGGAUACAUAGCUCCAGAGUGCUAUGCGGAAGGGAAAUUCUCCACCAAAUCGGACGUGUAUAGCUUCGGGGUGCUGGUGCUGGAGAUCUUAGUUGGGCAGAGCAUUAAUAGGUUCGAGAACGACAACUGCACCGGUCUCGUGGAACAUGUGUGGCAGCAUUGGAGCGACCUUAGAGUUGGAGACGUGCUGGAGAGGGACCAUCUUGGCCUUGGGAACCAUGAGCAGAUGCAGCAAGCAUCACGGUGCGUGCAGGUCGCGCUCCUCUGCGUUCAGAACGACCGGUCCAGGAGGCCGGCCAUGGACGAGGUCACCUAUUUCCUUAGCAAUGAGAUGCUUGUGCCGGAUCCUUCUGCCCCCGGGUACAUCACGGCGCCGCCCGGCAGCGGGCCGCCUGUGUGUUCGGUGAACGAUGUGACGAUCAGCAUGACGGAGCCCCGAUCCUGA